AUGGUACCUCCGACAUUAUCUGAAGAAAUCAUCUCUCCUCCUCCUCCUCCUUCCGCUGCACUAUCAUCAGCUCCAGCUGCAGGAUCCUCCCGUGCAAACGGGCGGUCACGUCGCCCGCAUCUAUCAGACGGGAUAUCGCCGCAUUGGAUCACAGCCUCGCAAUUUGAACGCGGUACCACCGAGAACAUACAACUCAGUCAUAAGGCUCUGCAGCAGGCGAUUGACACGCGGAGGAAGCACGAAGUCGAGCUGGUUAUAUGGCAUGAGAAUGGAUGCACCCCAAUGCGCCGUAUCCAAGAAGCCCGCUCAUUCCCCUCAUUUACUCUUGCCCAAUUCAACGAUAUCAUCAAGCGUUUCAAACUCGAUAACUCGUCGUGGAUAGAUCGAUAUAACCCAGAGCAGGGAGUCUGGCAGACGGUUGACAUCGAAACGACGUUCACGCAUGAUCGCACGACAACGUUCUUGAUGAAAUUGCGUCCCAACAACGAGGAGCUCUUGGAUUGUCCCAGGCUCUCUGAUGAGCUGCAGGAGCAGCCGUCGCCACGCCGCAAGCGUAAAUCCGGUCCAGAUAUUGUUUCACCUCCCCGGAGAAAGUACGCACGACCCAAUCCCACAAGCAUUUUAUCUACCAGAAAGAAGGGCGGACCAUCUUCUCCGUCGUCCUCCCGGUCGUCGUCAUCGCGUAGCCUCGGGCUGCGCUCGCAGUCACGUUCACCAGAUCCCUUCAGUGCCCGCAGCUCUUCGUCACCAGCGCCCAGACGAUCGUCUCCGCCACUUCACCCCGCGUCUUUGCCACCGUCACCAACACAUCGGCUGUCAGGUACACAGGCAUCCAGGGUGUACCUUCGUCCAAGGACUUCGUCUCAGCUGCCUCGUCCUUUGCCUGCGGAGGUUAUUGAGAUUUCGAGUGACGAGGAGGUGGUGGUGGCACCAUCGAAGUCCACCAAAAAGCGUAGGUUCCCUGGUGACUAUUAUGUUUACGAACUUCACAGAGGCUUUGAGUCGGUCAUGGCGUCCUCGCAAGCACGUUCCAUCGUGUUUGAACACCACUUUCCCGAUGCCGCUAACAAAUGGGCAAGCUCGACUUGGAGCGACAACUACGUGAAAUACUGGUUGAAUGCCCCUGAAGAACUAAAAGCGCGUUUCAUUGGAUACAAACAUCAGGAGAGUGGUCUAUGGGGUGCUUUCGUCAAGGAUUUCAAGAAGUGGAAGAAGACUGGGAGCUUGUCUUCCGCUACUCGUUGUUCUCGACAGAAUUCAUCGCCGAUUGAGAUCAAACCUGAGCUAGAACCGCUCACAGAGGGCAGCUGCGGCUUUGCAAUACCACCCAAUCAGAUUGUGUCGAUGGCUACGCGGGAUCCGACACAGAAGAUUGCAACUGCGCUCCCGCACCCAGAGCAGCUUGAACUUCAACAUCAGACGACUUCUCCCUUCGGGUCCCAGUCAUCGAUGCUCACAGACCGCGAUGCAGAAGGAGAGACAGAUGUUGAGGACACGCCCGGCACACCAGGGCAUAACUACGGCCCUGCUGACUGGUCUGGACAAGAACUACGAUUGCUCACAGGUGGCAGUCGUGUCUUUGCAACACUACCUGAUCAGACUGCGUCAACCGCUAUGUGGGAUCCGUCGCAAAUUGUUUGGCCACAGUAA